AUGUCCUCGAUCAAGAUGUCUUUGGAGGAGACGAGGACCGAGCAGACUCAGCUUCAGACAGCUCUGGGUCUUCUGGAAGCGGAGUGCCGAAGGACGGCGGCGGCUUCUCCCACCGCCAACCAGGACACGGGAAUCCAGCAAGUCUCGGAUUCGGCCCUUCGAUUGCGUGUGGAGGCUUUGGAGGCACAGGCAGACAGCCAGGUGCCACGGUCGCUGCAGCUCGAAUCACAGGUCAAGGAGCUACGCGCCACGAUGGUGCCAGUGGGCAAUCGCGUGCAGGCCUUGGAGGCAGAGCUGCGCAAGUGGGAUUGGGACACCACCACAGCACGCCUGAAUGCUGCGGAGGCCGAGAUCACUCGACUUGGGCGUGACAACGGCAUCGCAGAAGGUCUGCGGUCAGAUGUCGAGGUCUUGAAGCGCAAGCUCGCCCGCGAACCGACGGCGGCAGAGCGCCUGCCACGGUUGGUAGGCCGAAGUCUCAUUCCAGAGGACCUUCGAAACCGAGUCGGACUUCUAGUCAAGAACGUCCACGACACCGUGACCCAGCCCCUGGCUGGUGAUAUUGAGGGCACUGUGGCCUCCGACAGCACGGUUUCUGCACCGUCUGCCGAAGCGAGGUCAGCGGAGGCCGACAUGGAGCAACAGAUCGCCCAGCUCCUGCAGCUCCAUGGCGGCGACGAAGACAUCACCAAGAACACACAGCUUAUCGCCGCCAUCCAGGCCCUGAGGGAAAAGAACUCAGAGCUCCGCGAGAAGAAUGCUGAACUCCUGGCACAGGAGGGUUUCGUGCCAGACGGCGCACAGCUGCCCCGUCAAACCUGGCAGCCGGGUGAAACCCUGAAGACCUACAGAUCGGGGACAGUGGAUCCAGUGGCGGUGGUCCAAGGAGGCACUCUUCAGCUUCCUCCCCAUCGAGAAGCACUUGCCGGUUCUGUGCUGGCGGCGCCUGGUGGCGGCGCAGGCCAGUACGUGGCAUCCGGCACGGUGCCAGGUGCAGGCGUGGCCGUUCACGGGUCCAUGAUGCUACCGCGAGGACCGGCCGCCAUUCCGCUCUUUCCUGGAGGUCCGCGCACGAACUCACCACGGAGGGAUCGGUCGAAGGAGUCCACAGGGGGCGUGGUGCGGUCCCUGACGCCCUUGGCACGUUUCAAAGAGCAAGGACAGCACCUGCGGGGCUCGUCGCCUGAACGCCGUCCGGAUGUUGGCAGAUCUACAGUGGUCGUGGCUGGUGUGCCGCCAGGCAUGGUGCCGGUGGCUGGCUGGAUUCCCAAGCAAAGUUGA